AUGGCGACGAUCCAUCGCGUCCAACUCCCAACGCAACCUGACAAAGUGACAAUGCCGACCACCGCCCAUCGUCAAGAAUCCACCACCACGGGGACGAGGAAGAAGGGCCUCCUCGUCCUCCUCCUCUCGUGCUGCCUUGCUGCGGCGGCGGCAGUGGGAAUGGAGCCCUCAGAUGCCAGCGCCAUCGCCGACCUCGUCCAAUCCCUCGCGACGCCGCCCUCCUCCUGGACCGCCGGCGGCGACGCCUGCACCACCUUCGAGGGGAUCACCUGCUCCGCCUCCGGCCGCGUCACCGCCAUCGACCUCGCCGGGAAGGGCCUGGCCGGGACGCUGCCGCCCUCCCUCUCCUCGCUCACCGCGCUGGAGUCGCUCCAGCUCCGGGGCAACUCGCUCACCGGGGUGGUGCCGGCGGUCCUGGGCGAGAUCGCGACUCUCAGGAACGUCUCCCUGUCCGGCAACUUCCUCCAGGGGCCGGUGCCGCGGUUCGCCAAGGGCGUGGCCGCCGACGACGUGGUCGACGGGAACAGUUUCUGCUCGGACGAGCCCGGGAGGCCGUGCAGCGCGCAGGUGAGCGCUCUGCUCCGGGUGGCCGAGGGGUUCGGCUACCCCGUUUCGCUUGCGAGGACAUGGAGGGGGAACGACCCUUGCCAGUCAUGGCAGGGCCUGGCCUGCGUCACCGAGCCAGAUGUAAGCAGGAUCUUCCUGCAUGCCGCAAACUUUUCAGGGACGAUCUCGCCGGCCAUGGCGAACCUGACGGAGCUUCGAAGACUUGACCUGGGCGAAAACCGCCUCGCCGGGGAGAUACCGGAUGCUCUCGCGACAUUGCCCAAGCUUGGGUUUCUUGAUGUUACCAACAAUCGCCUCACCGGCCAGCUGCCCAAGUUUCGGCCGUCGGUUCGUGUGUUGUCAGAUGGGAACGCGUUUUGGGCACCAUCGCCCUCACCAUCGCUCUCACGUGAUGCUGCUGCAGCUGCGGCCUCAUCAAAGUUGAAUGCAGGAAGUAUCCUGAUUGUAAUUGGGGUUCUUGUGGCUCUUCUUGUUACCUGA